AUGUUCUCACUAAAAUCCUCGCUGGGGCUUUUCGCACUCUGUUCCAUUGCGUUUCCCGUUGCAGAUGCCAAAAGCUCUUGUAAGAGUCCUCAACCUGGCUUGCCUAACGUCACCAUUCUCGCCACCGGUGGCACAAUUGCCAGCAAGGCUUCAUCCAAUACGCAAACCACGAAUUACCAGGUCGGCGUCGGUAUUGAUGCCUUACUCAGCGCAGUGCCCGAGAUUUGCAACAUAUCGAACGUCUCCGGAAUGCAAGUCUCAAAUGUCGACAGCGCUUCAAUCAAUACUACAAUUUUACUCGACUUGACAACGCGUGUCAAAGCGGAGCUGGCGGACCCGACCGUACACGGUGUCGUUGUCACGCACGGAACGGACACUUUGGAAGAGACGGCCUUUUUUCUUGACCUGGUGGUGAACUCGACAAAGCCAGUUGUGAUAACAGGUGCUAUGCGACCAUCUACCGCACUGAGCGCAGAUGGUCCGUUGAAUCUGUAUCAGGCAGUGAAGUUGGCCGCAUCCAAGACGGCCUAUGCUCGCGGAGUAAUGGUUUCAUUGAAUGACCGCAUCGGUAGCGCGUUUACUUCUACAAAGAACAAUGCCAAUUCCCUCGAUACUUUCCACGCAACCGAGCAAGGCCAAUUGGGAUUCUUCAUUGACCAAGUCCCAAAAUUCUACCCUUCUCCCUCGACUCCUCGAAACAAACCACGAUUCGAUGUUACUGGUCAGAAAACGCUGCCUGCAGUUGAUAUUCUUUAUGGACACCAGGAAUCAAACUCUCAUCUUAUUCGGGCCUCAAUCGAAUCCGGAGCCAAGGGGAUCAUAUUUGCGGGAGUGGGGGCUGGAGGCUGGAGUCUUGAUGGUCUGAAAAGUGCUCAGGGGGCAUACAAUCAGUCAGGAAUCCCGAUGGUCUUCAGCCGACGAACAAAUGAUGGGUUUGCGGGAGGAGACAGUAUCUACCCAUUCCAAAUGACUAGUGGAUUUUUGAAUCCACAAAAGGCUCGAGUAAUGCUUCAGCUUUCACUCAAUGCCGGAUACUCGAACGACGAAAUUCGCAAGAUGUUCGAAGGGCAGUGA